AUGGGAACGCAGGAUGGGAACUUGGAGAACAGGGACCCCACACGGGCUCUGAGAACAGAAAAUGGGGGAACGAGGAGGUGCAAUGAUGUAUUGGCAAUGAUUGGGGAUCAGUUGGAUUAUGGCGACACAGUCUGCGGUGCUGUUUUGAGUAUUCGUUUUGGGGAAGACAUCCUGAGUGUAUGGAACCGUAAUGCUGCUGAUAAUCAGGUUGUCAUGGCUCUCAGAGAUUCAAUCAAGCGGCAUCUUCAACUGUCUUUUGGGUACAUGAUGGAGUACAAACCUCAUGAUGCAUCAUUGCGUGACAAUUCAUCUUUCAGAAAUACAUGGUUAAGAGGCUAGUGACUGUCAUUAUAUCAUUUUUGACGCUGAAACCGGAGCCUUUUCUCUAAAUGCGAAGUCGUAUGAUGCGCUUAUUAGCGAGAGGAUUGGAGUACUGAACACAUUUCUGGGCAUACAGUUAACUGCUAAAAAUGGCUGUUGUGUGUCUGGCUUUAGUUGCGGAAGUGGAUGUUCCAUUUACAUGUGACAGUCUCGACACUUAAAUCCCAGAAACAGAUUACGCUUGC